AUGGCGGAGAUGAGCUUGGGUGAUUCUCCUUCAUGUUUAAUUCAUUUCGAGGGAAAAUCAGGGGAAUUAUGCAAAUUAACGACUUAUACACUUGUUAAAAUUAAAGAAUAUUGUAAUAAGUGGGUAAAUUUGGAUGGAGAGCUGAAAGAAAUUGCUAGUAAAUUAGUAAAUGUUGUGAGACAAUGGCCGGACAUCGAGCCAGAAUUGAUGCCUACAGGAACUGGUGAUUUAUAUUAUCACAAAGAGUGCUACGUGCGGUUUUGUGACAAGAGCAAGGUCGCAAGGGCCAAAACUCGAACAAGCAAGAUCAAGGAAAAAAGUUGUGCGACCGAGAAAGGGAAGCAAAGCGAUCAAGACAACGAACAAGGAGAGCAUUUGCAACCUAUGCGCUCAUCAGCUCGGAUAGCGCCCAUAAUUUCCGGUACCGCUUCUGUAGAAAGACGCACAGCUCAUGUAAUGCCAGAAUUAUGCAUUAUAGGUAAAAGAAAAGAUGCAUACAUAAUGGACAGGGUAGGUACUGUUUCUUUUUUACUAUAA